UAGGGCUAGAAAGCGAGCGAGGUCUGGCGCUGCGCAUAGCAGUCGUGCCAUCGGGAAAAGACAAUAUCAGAGGCGCGCAGGAGGAACACAGCAGAGCCCCUCAGGCAGCAGCUCCAGCGGUCCGACAGAGGGACUGAUAGCGGACAGAGACGGGAUAAAGGAGACGGGCGGUAUAAAAGCAGGAUCAGCUGAUUUCCUCAUGUCUGGAGGAGCCUGUUGAACAAUCGUUAAUGCGUAACGCGCAGCACUCCCUCCGAUGAGGGUGUAGAAUGGAAACAACCCUCUACCCAGGCACCGCGCUCAACACUCCGAGGGUCUCCAGCAUCUACUCCCAGAGCACGAUGAUGAAGAAGGAAAUUAAUCUGAACUUGGACGACCAGAACUCCGAGCUCAAAUCCAACCCGCUCCGGGACGCAGACGGACUCCUGAACUCUCCAGAUUUGGGACUCCUGAAACUCACCUCUCCGGACCUGGAGCGCCUCAUCAUCCAGUCCAACGGUCUGGUCACCACCACCAGCUCCACCUCCCAGUUCCUCUACCCGAAGUCGGCCAGCGACGAGCAGGAGUUCGCGGAGGGUUUCGUCAAGGCGCUGGAGGACCUCCACAAGCAGAACCAGCUGAACGAGGCGGGCUGCGUCUCCGUGGAUCGACUGGAGCUCCUCGGGUCCUCCAACGCCGCCGCGUCCGCCGGGCUCCAGACCCCAGACCUCCCGGUGUACACCACGCUGAACGGCUAUGCGGCCAGCCCGCUGGGAGCCACCACCAUCAACUACUCCACGGACACCAUCCCCUUCCCGCCGCCUCCGGCUCAUCUGAGCAGCGCGCAGCAGCAGGCGGCGGCCGCGGCGGCUCUGUCACGACUCCAGUCGGUCGGUGUGGUGAAAGACGAGCCGCAGACGGUACCGGACAUGCAGAGCUUCGGGGACAGCCCCCCUCUGUCCCCCAUCGACAUGGACAACCAGGAGCGCAUCAAGGCGGAGCGGAAGAAGCUGCGCAACAGGAUAGCCGCGUCCAAAUGCCGCAAGAGGAAACUGGAGCGGAUCUCUCGGCUGGAGGACAAGGUCAAGACCCUGAAGACGCAGAACACCGAGCUGGCCUCCACAGCCAGCGUCCUCAGGGAGCAAGUGGCCCAGCUCAAGCAGAAGCUGCCAGGACACAGGCCUGCGCUAUAAAAGGAACACUCUGCCUUCUGUAACCGACAAAUCCUUAUCAGAGACUCAGUGACACUGUAAAGGCUGAGCUGUAAGAGUCAACUGGAAAACGAAAGGUUAGAGGGCAGCAGGUAUGGACCGCAGCCUGGUUCUGGUUCUGGGGGAGCUGAGAACAAGACUGAGUGUAGAGAAAGCCAUGUAGCAGACUGCUGUCCCUGGACUGUACCGGACCGCGUUAUGUGUGUGUAAGCUGGACAAUCUCAACAAGGGUGCAACCAAACACCAGGGUGCCACCAGGUGCUGUCAUCCACCCUGUAAUAUAUGCCUUACUUGUUUACAAACACUUAGCAAUGAUAAAUAUAUAUUUUAUUUACUGAAACAUUUCUUAUUUUACAUAUGGUCUUAUUCCUUGUUUUCUGAACGCUGCAUAUCUCGUGGCUCUUGUGUACAGUAACCGUUGUAUCCCCAUCCUGGUGGCUGCCGUGUAGAUGUUCAGUCGCCAAACUUCCAUGAAUGUAUGUGUACGUGCUGAAGCCCUAUGUAUCCAUGUGUAAUGGAGUCUACCUGACAUUUAUUAAAUUCACUACAUUACUAA